GCCCUUACACAAUUUCUAGCAAUUUCCCGCCCGACUAGACCCCAGCAAGACGUACUGCGCGAACUCGCCAAGUCUAUAUAUUCCCGCUUCACUACCGACUCCAUGUCGAGUGUUCCGUUUUUUCCUAUGCGCCCAGGACGGCGGAUUAUCGAGGUAUAAGACGCUACUAGGAUGGGACCUCUACCCGACAAUCUUGCAUCGGCUCCUUGUAAGGCAUGGUCUAUUUCCCUUCUAUCGCGUCUUUUGCUUUACUAGCUGCGACCGCAGUCGUCGGGAACCCGGGGGCAGCUCCCACGAGCAGCGUCGGAAUUGCUCAGAGCUCGAGGCUUCACCAAACUGCCCGCCGCUCGCUCGCGGCAUGCCAGGACACUCUUUCCCGUCGUGACAAAAUGGAGAAAUCGGCUACGCGCCGUGCGGCUCUGGUAGACCACCUUCGAAAGAAACGGGGUCUCGUCACUCGCGCUCCGUACAAGCGUGCGCUCAGUUCGAACAACGUAUUGAGCACCACUCACUUGCCGAGGUCAAGUGAGGCGGAACUCAACAUGGAGCGCGACCAAGAGUCGUCCUACGUUCGGGGGGAGUACGUGCGUUCGACCAUCUCGGAGGAACAGCCGGGUAUCUAUACCUACGUCGACCUCGAGCUGAUUGAUGUAUCGACUUGCGAGACUGCUCCGGACUUGUACAUUGAUUUCUGGCAUUGUAAUUCGACUGGCGUGUAUUCAGGAAUUCUCGGGUCCGGCAAUGGUGAUUCAAGCGAUGUUUCUAACGUGGACAAAACAUUCCUCCGUGGCAUCCAGCCAACCAACGAAGAGGGACAUGCGUCCUUCGAGACCAUCUUUCCGGGCCACUAUUCUGGACGCGCGACUCAUUUCGACACGGUCGUCCACAGCCAGGGAACCGUCUUCGACAACGGUACUUUUACCGCCCCCAGCGUACACUACAUUGGUCAAAUUUUCUUCGACCAAGACCUGGUCUCCAUCGUUGAGGCUACCUCUCCGUAUAGCACUAACACCAUCGAGAUUACGACCAACUCCGUCGAUGAGGUGUUCGUGUUAGGUAUUGGGUCAAUAGUCCUCGAAUACGUCUACCUUGGUGAUGACAUCUCGGAUGGUUUGCUGGUCUGGGGUGUCAUUGGUGUCGAUAUGGGUGCAACCUACGAAAUCACGCCAGCCGCUACUUUGACUGAACAUGGAGGUGUUAUCCACUAUCCCAGUUCUAUUGGGGGAGGCAACAUGACUGGUGACUUCCCAAGCGGAGCCGGAUCUGACAACUCGACCUCCUCCGGUGGCGACGUGAUUAGUGGGUUCCCAAGUGGGACCGGGUCUGACAACUCGACCUCUUCCGGUAACAAUACAACUAGCGAUAGUGGAGACGAGUCUGGCGAAUCGACUUCCUCCAGUGACAACAGCACAAUAACUCUCCUUCAUGGAGAUUUGCUUUGUAACUGCACGUCUUAUUAAGAUCUCGAGCGUCAUUUUGCUAUUCUUUAUAUGCUUGGAUAAAAUUCAAUAGAUUUAUAUUGAUCAUAUUUUCA